GUGAACCCGAACAGGAAGGAUUGGAGUAUACGCAUUGAUGAUGAGCUAUGGGCAUACCGAACUGCUUACAAAACCACAAUCGGUAUGUCUCCUUAUAGACUUGUGUUUGGGAAAGCAUGUCAUCUCCCUGUAGAGCUCGAACACAAGUCCUAUUGGGCGGUUAAAGAAUUCAACCUCAAUCUUGACGAGGCCGGUGUACAUAGGAAGCUCCAAUUACAAGAAUUGGAAGAACUUCGCCUGGAUAUUUAUGACAAUGCAGAAAUAUACAAAAGAAUGACGAAGGAGUGGCAUGAUAAAAUGAUCAUACGAAAACACUUUAAACUUGAUGAAAAAGUCCUCCUAUUCCAAUCACGCCUUCGUCUAUUUCCGGGAAAGCUGAGAUCCCGUUGGACCGGACCAUACAAAGUGGUCAAAACAUAUCCACACGGGGCGGUGGAAAUUCAGGACCUGGAGACGGGAGAGGUGCUGAAAGUGAACGGACAGAGAUUAAAACCCUUCUUUGAGGGUUUUCAACCCAAAAAUGUGGAAGUCGUAGACCUUUCUGAACCGGUCUACGAAUGAGGAACAACAGAAGAUAUCGUCGAGCCACGACGUUAAAUAAAGCGCUUCUUGGGAGGCAACCCAUGCACGGUAUAUUUUUUUUUCCUUUUUUCUUCUUUUUAUUUUAGUGGAGUGUGUGUGUGUAAAAUCUUUUCAAAAAAAAAAACAAUAUAUAUAAUUUUGAGCAAAACCCGCCCGGGUAUUCCCAAACCCGGUCGGGUAUCAGCACAAAAGGAGAAUACCCGGCCAUUCCAUCCACCGGGUAAAAAUGAAAAAUCCAAAAAAAAUAAUAAAAACCCGACCGGGUAUGUAGACAACCCGACCGGGUUUUGGUUUUUUUUCACCCCUGGGAGCUACUGUCAAGCGUACCCAUUCGGGUAUCAGCCAAAAAACCGGCCGGGCAUCAAAAGAAUUAAAAACGGUGUAAAAUAGCCUAAUACCCGACCGGGUAUUACAAAUGCCCGACCGGGUAUUCAGCUAAAAAACUUUCUGCCUUCCAGAAAAACAAAAAUCCAUUCGGGUAUUACAAGAAAACCGGCCGGGCAUAAAAAAAAUAGCCUAAUACCCGACCGGGUAUUACAAAAACCCGACCGGGUAUUUAGCCAAAAAGGCUUCUGCCUACGGGAAAUAGAAUACCCGGCCGGAUAUUUGUGCGAAACAAGCCCUUUUUACGGGAUUUUCACCCAAAAUCCUUCCCCAACCCCCCAUCUUCUUCUUCUUCCCCAAACAACAAAUCCCCCAAACCUCCAUAGCCAAACUUUUCAAGCUCCAAUCCAUUCCAAUCAUCCAUCUAAAUCCCAAAUAAACUCCAUUUUCUUCUUCCCCACAUCAUCCUCUCCAUUUCUACACCCACAAAAAACCCCAAACACCCCAAAAUCCCCAAAUCCGAAAAAACCUAUACCCAAAUCCUCAAGGUCCGAUUUUCCCUCAAAUUAACCCAAACCUAACCUCAUUUCUUCUUCCCCACAUCAUUCUCUACACCUCCACACCCUCAAAAACACCCAAUUCCCAAAAAGUCCACAUUUUUCACUCCACCAAGCCCCAAGUCCGAAAAUCCAACCCCAAAGUCCAAGAAAAAGUUAACUAUGGCACCUAAAAGGACUAGAGCAUCUUCCUCCAACUCAAGUGCUCCAAUUCCACAAGUUCCGGGGUAUGAAAGCAUCGAAUUCACGUCUAGGGCUCAUCACAAGAAAUUCCUCACCCAACUCAACCGAGAGGUACAUUCUACACGAUUUCUUUGUCAUGAAACAUUGCGAGCAUUGAUGUUGUAUGAUAUGAUGCUAGAAUUGUGCAACAACAUAGGACUUACUACAUUGUUCCACAUGUCCUAUAAUAUCUACAAAAGAAUUAUGUAUGAGUUCCUAGCAUCGGUUGAAUUUACUGAGGAUAUAGAGGACACCUAUGAGAGCAAACUCACGUUUCGGUAUAACAACAUACCAAGAACUUUAACGAAACGUGAGUUUGCCGAGCUAUUUGGUCUACCGGUUUUAGGUGUGGAGGAAAGAAAGGUAAGAAGUGAUAAGACCAUUGUGCAUGAUUUGUGGCGAAGAAUGACAGGGGUUAGGGUGUUUAAAUCUUCACAUAUGCAUAUUACACAUGUUCAACACCCUGCCCUUCGAAUCGCACUAAAAUGGUUUGGGUAUCAUGUCUUUGGGAAGCCAAAUAAUCAUCAAACAAGGAUUAGUGAAUUGGCCGUUCUUGCUAUGGGUAUCCUCCCAGAAGCUCCUAGAUUAGAUCUUGCUUCAAUUUUGUGGGACCAUUUAAAAAAGGAAUGUGAAGCUAUGAGUGAAAUUUUCAUAGGAGGGUACAUACAUCAUAUAUGUACCAAAUUUGGCUAUUGUGCAAAUAGACAAGUUCAAGAUUGGAAUUUCCUUAAUCUUAAGUUCCUACUCACUGCACAUGACGUGAGUCACUCCCACACCAUUGGGACCACAGCAUUUUACCAUUGGACCAUUAACCCCUCACCCACACAACUUUUUACAAUCCCCUCCGAUGAACUUCCAAACAUCUUUAACCAUCAACUCGGGGAUAGGAGACAUCUGUGCCUACCCGGAACUACCCCUGACCACUAUCUUUAUGACAUUCCUCAACUUGAGCCACCACCCAGCCCCGAACAACCACAAGAAGAGCCACAACCCGAUCCCCAACCCCCUCAAUACACCCCCUUUGAACAACAAAUGCUGGCCGGUAUACAACAACUCAAUCUUAACCAAACGGCAAUGAACACACACAUUGACGAUCUCUACAGUGCGUACCAAAGGGUGGAAGACGAUCAAAGACGGGCCUUCGGGCCUAUGUAUGCAUAUUUUGACCAGCAAGGGUACUUUUCCCACAUGCCCACUCCAGUCCAACAUCCUACAUGGUAUGACCCCUCACAUUGGGGUAAUUUCGGAGGAUCUAGCUCCGGAGGAGGUGGACAAGCUGGCAGUGAUGGUGUUGACAGGGAUUUCAGAGGUGGUGAUGGCGGAUAUGGCGGCAGCUCAGACACAAACGAUGAGGAAUACCCAUAUACAGGCGAUUUUCACGACAGCUACUAUGGUCAGGGUGGAUUCUUUGAUGGAGGAGAUGCGGACGGGCACUAGGGGCAGUGCCAUUAACUAGCUGGGGGGAGAAUUAUUCUGGAUCCUAAGGGUACACAUAAGGAGCAAAAGAAGAGAAACCCAAUGAUGGUGAAGACCUUUUAUUCAUGUGUUUUGAUCAUUGAAACAUUCUUUUAUGUUGAUUUUCAAAAACACUUGUGAAUGAUUGUAAUUGCUACAAUUGUUGGUUUGGAAACUUCAUGGACAUGAUUUGUUUUACUCGAGACGAGUAAAAGUUCAAGUGUGGGGGUGUU